CCAGGCCCACCCUCGCCUGGGGCUCGGGCCAUGGCCGAGCUCAGGGCGCUGUCGGGGGACGCGUACCUGGCCCUGAGCCGCGGCUACGCGACGGCGGCGGGCCUGGGGUUCGGGGCGGCGCGGGGGCCCGAGGCGGCCCGCGGCUACAGCGCGCUCGGCGCGCCGGGGUCCGGCGGCGACCUCCCCGCGGGGCCCGCGCCGCGCGCCGCGGGGCCGGCGGCCGAGAGCAGCGGCGAGCAGAGCGGCGAGGAGGACGAGGGCGCGGAGCGGCGGCGGCGGCGGCGCGGGGCGGCGGAGGCGCGGCGGCGGCCGCGGGAGCCGCGCUCGCUGCGGCUGAGCAUCAACGCGCGGGAGCGGCGGCGCAUGCACGACCUGAACGACGCGCUGGACGGGCUGCGCGCCGUCAUCCCCUACGCGCACAGCCCGUCGGUGCGCAAGCUCUCCAAGAUCGCCACGCUGCUGCUCGCCAAGAACUACAUCCUCAUGCAGGCGCAGGCCCUGGACGAGAUGCGGCGCCUGGUGGCCUUCCUCAACCCGGGCCCGGGCCUGGCGGCCCCCGCGCCCGCCGCGCCGCUGGCGCCCUUCGGCCCGGCCGCCCUGUGCCCCUUCUCCGCGGGCGCCGCCCUCGGGCCCUGCCCGGACAAGUGCGCCGCCUUCCCCGGGUCCGCGCUUUGCAAACGCUGCGACGACAAGCCGUGAGGGACGCCGCCGCCCUCCGCGCGCCCCGCGGGGCCUGCGCACCGGCCACGGCCGC